ACCACCUACCCCUCCACUUUACACAUCCGCAAUCAUGGUCGUAGAAACAGCAUACUACGAUGCCCUUGGCGUCCCGCCGACAGCGUCCGAGCUGGAAAUCAAGAAGGCUUACCGCAAGCUCGCCAUCAAGCUGCACCCAGACAAGAACCCCGGCGAUGAGACGGCGCAUGCGAAAUUCCAAGAAAUUGGCGAGGCAUACCAGAUACUCAGCGACGAGCAGCUGCGAGCGGCAUACGACAAAUAUGGGAAAGAGGGAGCUAUGCCUAGCAGUGGAUUCGAGGAUCCAGCCGAAUUCUUCACCAUGAUCUUUGGUGGAGAGGCCUUCGUAGACUGGAUCGGCGAGAUAUCGUUGAUGAAGGAUCUUACCAAGACCAUGGAAAUCUCACAGCGUGAGAUGGAGGCCGAAGCUGCCGCUCAAGCAGAGGCAGAGAGAGUCGAUGCCGCAAAGGCCCCCACGACAGAAGGAGCCGAAGCCGCCGCGCCGGCCUCUUCCACAGAGACAACGGGCCCAAGUGCUGCUGCGCAAGCCAAGGAGGCCGAAGCAGCAGCUGAGCGCGCGGCAGCGCACACAGCAGAUGCACCGCCUGCCUACGCUGAAGCAGCUCCAGCUUCCGUUGAGACUGCCGCCGAACCGUCAACUUCUGCACAACCCCCACCGCUACCUCCUCGAACAAGCACACCACAGCCGCGAGGCAUUCCAAUCCGCGCCGCUAUCAUGGACAAGUCAGAGGAAGAAGCCCGCAUGCAGGCCGAGGGUAUGACUGAUGCGGAGAAGGAGCUCCGGGAGAAGCAGAAGAGAAAGGCCGGUCUCACCAAAGAGCAGCGGGAAGAGCUGGCCGCCUACGAGAUGGAGCGAAAGAGGAUCCGCGACGAACGAGUUGCCAACCUUGCUAAGAAGCUCAAUGACCGCAUCUCAGUAUGGACCGAGACAGACAAGGCCACCGACGUGACUGCUGCCUUCAAGGAAAAGAUACAUUUGGAGAUUGAAAAUCUCAAGAUGGAAUCUUUUGGUAUUGAGAUUCUCCACGCAAUCGGCACUACCUACACCAUGAAGGCCUCUUCAUUCCUCAAAUCUCAAAAGUUCCUUGGCAUCUCCGGCUUCUUCUCCCGCAUCAAGGACAAGGGCACACUCGUCAAGGACACCUGGUCCACCAUGUCGGCUGCAAUUGACGCGCAGCUUACCAUGGAAGAAAUGGCAAAACUAGAAGAGCAGGGUGGCGAGGCAUGGACCGACGAGAAAAAGGCAGAGUAUGAAAAGAAGGUCACUGGAAAGAUUCUGGCCGCUGCAUGGAGAGGUAGCAAGUUUGAGAUUCAGAGCGUGCUGCGAGAUGUGUGCGACGCGGUGCUCAACGACAAGAAGGUCAAGCUUGAGAAGCGAGUGGAGCGAGCUCAUGCUCUCAUGAUCAUUGGAGAGAUGUUCCAGAAGGCUGAGCGCGAUCCCGAAGAAGAGGGCGACUUCAUGGCAUUCGAGCAGCUCAUGGCCGAGGCUGCGGCCAAGAAAGACGCAAAGGACGAGAAGCACGGAAAGCACCACCACCACGACAAGAAGGAAAAGAAGAAGGAGAAGGCAUAAAUUUCGAAUCCGUCUCUGCGCACGACCUCGUUUACUAUCUCCCCUUUUGUUUUCUUUUCUUGAUAUCCAUAGAUCUUUCCUCUUCUUUAGCGGCAUUUCGGGUCCCCUAGAAUGCUAAGAGACGUUUGUCUGGACAAAGUACUCGUGCUCCUUGCAGUGCUAAGGCGGAACGUGAAUGAAGGCGAUGAUGACGCAUGUUUGUGGUGGACUUUUUAACGUUUGUAGGCGAAAAAAAGAUAUUUCCUUGUACAGCAUGUAGCAGACGGGGGCAUAUUGUAAUGCAAUGCAAUGC